UGCAAUGAUUCAAAGCUUCUUUUGCCUCUCACCAAAGCAGACAAGUUUAUUAGGAGCAGACUCAGCAUAAAGUUUCUCUCUAUAAAAAACAACAUCUGUUAGGGUUCAUAAAAAGGAAGCUGUGUUGACAAAAACCAGAUCGAAAAAAAGCAAAGACCUACAGUGAAGAUGAGAAGCUGAUGACAUGGAGGAUCAUGAUAAUGCAGCAGGAGCAGGAGGAAGAGAAGAAAUCAAAUCAUUGAAAAAAGAUGAGCUGGCGGUAGAUGAAACUACAGCAAUGUCUGGUCCAGUAAAUAAAUCUGGCGAAACUCAACCUUCAGAGAAUAUCAAUGAAAGAGGAGGAGAGUCUGAAAACGCAUCUGAACCAUCUGACACCAUUGACAGAGUGGCUCCUGAUGUCACACUUGUACUAAUUGGUGAUCCAGCUUCCAUUGAGAUCGGACCAAAGAACAUUUUACUUGACCAUGACGAGCAAACAAAUGUGGAACAGUUUUCACCAAACCUCUAUAAUCUGUGUGGUCGACACGUUUGUGUCAUUAACAUGCUCGGUCUACAAACAAAGGAAAUCCCUUUAAAUCAGGGAGUUCAUGCCUUUGUCUUACUAUUACCCAACACUCUGCAUAGCAGCCAGUACAGCUCAGGAGUGCAGUGGUUGGAGAAAGCUUUUGGCAGAGGAGCACUUUCUUAUUUAAUCACAGUGGUGACUCAUGAAACAGGUGAAACAUGUGAAAGUGCAUUAAAAGAGCUGAAAACUAACACAGAUUUCAAUGAAAAAAGGUUCCACACAUGUAACAGAAGUAUGAUGGAUGAAAUAGAAGUAGCAAAUUUGUUAGAAAAAAUAAACGUCAUGGUCUCUGAAAAUGAUCCACAAAGCUGCAGUGGACUGGUGUGUGCUGAAAAUAGAGAGGAGGAAGGACACCUGGAGCACAAAUCCCAUGAAGAAGAAAGGAAAGACUUAAAGACAAAUGAAAGAGAAGAAGAUAAGGAGGAGGCUUCAAGUGAAACAAAGGAUGAUACAGGCACUGAUGUUCAACAGCCAGAGAAUAUGGAUGGCAGCACAACAUCAGGAGGAAAAUCUGAAGCCAAGCCCCCAGGGUCAUCCCCAAAUCAAGAAAGAGAAGAAGAUAAGGAGGAGGCUUCAAGUGAAACAAAGGAUGAUACAGGCACUGAUGUUCAACAGCCAGAGAAUAUGGAUGGCAGCACAACAUCAGGAGGAAAAUCUGAAGCCAAGCCCCCAGGGUCAUCCCCAAAUCAAGAAAGAGAAGAAGAUAAGGAGGAGGCUUCAAGUGAAACAAAGGAUGAUACAGGCACUGAUGUUCAACAGCCAGAGAAUAUGGAUGGCAGCACAACAUCAGGAGGAAAAUCUGAAGCCAAGCCCCCAGGGUCAUCCCCAAAUCAAGAAAGAGAAGAAGAUAAGGAGGAGGCUUCAAGUGAAACAAAGGAUGAUACAGGCACUGAUGUUCAACAGCCAGAGAAUAUGGAUGGCAGCACAACAUCAGGAGGAAAAUCUGAAGCCAAGCCCCCAGGGUCAUCCCCAAAUCAAGAAAGAGAAGAAGAUAAGGAGGAGGCUUCAAGUGAAACAAAGGAUGAUACAGGCACUGAUGUUCAACAGCCAGAGAAUAUGGAUGGCAGCACAACAUCAGGAGGAAAAUCUGAAGCCAAGCCCCCAGGGUCAUCCCCAAAUCAAGAAAGAGAAGAAGAUAAGGAGGAGGCUUCAAGUGAAACAAAGGAUGAUACAGGCACUGAUGUUAAACAGCCAGAGAAUAUGGAUGGCAGCACAACAUCAGGAGGAAAAUCUGAAGCCAAGCCCCCAGGGUCAUCCCCAAAUCAAGAAAAAGAAAUCUCAGAGAUGGACAUCAGUGGAGACAAGUCAUGGAAGGGUUCUGAAGACAGCAGCAAGACAACAUCACACCAAGAAACAGAGCCGUUUCACAGACUUCAUCUUAAAGACAAACUUAAACAGAAGUUGUCACCAGCAGAUCUUCUUCAAAUACGUUCACCUUUGAAACAGCACCAUGUGACAUGUGAGAAAGAUCUACCCCACAUUUUUCUAUACAGGCUGAUGAUGUUAGAUUACAGGGCCAGAUAUAUUCCUGUCAGAUCAGACAGUCCUGAGGGGAUCAAUCCAAAGCCUGUUCAAGACAAUAAGAUCACUGAGAAUGAUUUCAAUGAUUUGGAUGCUUUAUUAAGCAUGAGUGCAGACACAGAGCUCACAGAACAGGCACACGUGCAUCCAAUGGAUGUUCAGAUGGCAGUAUUUCACUGCUCAGACAGCUUCCUUAAACAGAUGAUGAGUACAAAGCUCUCUCAGUGUCAGUAUGCCUUACCUUUGCUUGUUCCUGACCCAGUCACUAUGGAGAUCGAGUGUCCUCUGUGGACAUUUAGAGAAAUAACAAAAACCUGGAAGGUGACUGAAAUCAAAGACGGCUCAAACAUUGUGACUAUGAAGAGUGUUUCAGUCUGCAAAGCUCAGACACCCUUGGUGUCAUUUUUCCGCCUGGGUUCUCUGUCAGUGUCUAAAUCUCAGCUGAUGAACACUUUGAUCAACGACCGUCACAGCACCUUCUUCCACAGGAACUGUCCAGGAAGCACCAAGUCUCGAUAUCUGAUGGAUGGUGUGGCAGAGAUCGCCUGGUACUGUCCUGCUGGAAAACCCAGUGAUGUCUUCAAUGACUGCAUUGCCUUUUGUAAUCUUCAUGGUGAUGCUCUGUUGAUUGAAAAACAGCGCGACAUACUGAUUGAAAAAUCUUCAGUAAAUAUUUUUUUUGUUGCCUCUCUUCAAAAAAAUGAGAAAAGCAAGGCAUUUAUAUCAACUCUUUUUCAGUCUCAGAAGCCUCUCAUUUGUCUCUGUGUUGAUGACAGCUGUAAUAUUAAAACAAAAAAUGGAAAAUACAUAUUUGGUCUCAAAGACAGAAGCCAGUCAGAUGUAUCUGAAGAACUGAAACAGAUCAUAAGAGAAGUCUUAUCUGUAGAUGGUUCCAGCUUGAAACCAUCUUUCAAGCUUGAAGCCAUGCCUAAGCUCUCUGGAAUCAAAUAUGACAGUGACCCAGCCUGUCAAAGUGGGAAACUUGUUGCUAUGAAAAUAAUGGAUCUUCUUUCAAAGGAUAACAUGGAUGUUUCAAAGAUCAAAGAUGAAUUCCUUCCUUAUCGAGGUGAUCUGUGGCAUCAGUGGAGCAAAAUACACAAAGAACUGUAUCAUCUCAGAGGAGACAUUGAAAAGGAGAAAAGUAAAAAGCAACAAGAACUGAUGAACAUACGUCAGAAACAAUGUGCUGCUUCCUGCAGUAAACUGAUGAAGUUCUUUAUUGAAAGCCUCAAAUCAUUGCCACCAGCAGACAAAGAACAUUUUCUAAAAUGGAUUCAAAUCUUAAUGGAUGAUCUCGCCACAGAUGAUCUUUCUGUCAUUCUCAAAAGCUAUGAUGAAAAGUGGUCUGAGGUCUUGGCUUUGAAGAACAAAUCUGACAAAUUGGAAGAGUUGGCCUUGACAGACAAGCAGAAAAAAUCAGACUUGUUAAUGAAAAAACAAACGGAGCUUGAAGAAAUAUCCAAAAAACUGCAGUCUGCAACAUUUGGUUUGGAGCACAUCUUCAGAGAAAUGGGACAGAUCUAUGAAGCUCAUAGAGCAAUAGGAGAGAGCAGACACACUGACUGGUCUAAAUACCCUGAGCUGGCUGCACAGCUGAUGAUAUCAGGACACCCGAUGGAGCUGAUGGAUGGUGAUGCAGGUCACGUGCCUUUAACAUGGAUCUCCAGCCUUUUAGAGGAAGUCAUCAAGAAACUGGGGGACAAGAGAGUUUUUGUGUUGUCAGUUUUGGGCAUACAAAGCAGUGGAAAAUCAACAAUGCUGAACACCAUGUUUGGGUUGCAGUUUGCAGUGAGUGCAGGCAGGUGCACCAAAGGUGUCUUCAUGCAGCUGCUCAAAGUAUCAGAGGAGAUGAAGAAAGACUUGAAGUUUGACUAUCUUCUAGUGGUGGACACUGAAGGACUGCGUGCUCUUGAGCUGGAAGGUAACACCACUGGCCGCCAUGACAACGAACUGGCAACAUUUGUUGUUGGUCUGGGAAACCUGACACUGAUCAACAUCUUUGGAGAGAAUCCAUCUGAGAUGCAGGACAUCCUGCAGAUUGUUGUUCAGGCUUUCAUGAGGAUGAAGAAAGUUAAACUUUCUCCCAGUUGUGUGUUUGUUCAUCAGAAUGUUACAGAUGUUGCAGCAGCAGAGAAAAACAUGGAUGGAAAGAGACGCCUGCAAGAAAAACUGGACCAGAUGGCCAAACUAGCAGCUGAAGAGGAGGAUUGCAGUGCAGAGUGCUUCAGUGAUGUCAUUGAGUUUGAUGUCCAAAAAGAUGUGAAAUACUGUGCCCAGCUAUGGGAGGGCAGUCCACCCAUGGCUCCUCCUAAUCCAGGUUACAGUGAGAGCAUCCAAGAAGUGAAGAACACCAUCCUCUCUAAAGCUUCAAAGUCUGAUGGGAUCACUCUCACACAGUUCAAAACCAAUAUUCGUGACCUGUGGAGUGCCCUCCUCAAUGAAAACUUUGUUUUCAGUUUUAAAAACACACUUGAAAUUGCAGUGUACAGAAAACUGGAGGCCCAGUACGCAAACUGGACCUGGGCCCUGAGGAGCAACAUGUUAACCAUUGAAAACCAACUUUAUAACAGAAUUGAAAAUGGAAAUCUUGACAAGGUGGAGGUGAGCUGUCUUUUAAAAGAAUCUAAUGAAACAUUUGAAACAAUCAAAAAAGAAAUGACAACAUACUUUAAUGAUGACAAAGAGAAAGAAAUGUUGGCUCAGUGGAGAGGCCGAUUUGAAACCAGAAUCGAAGAGUUUCAUGAUGAACAGGUGAGCACAGUGAAAAGAAAACUGGAAGAACUUAUUCAACAGAAGAAGGCUCGUAAAAAGCUGGAUGAUAAGAAGAAAGAGUUUGAAGACAAGCUGCUACAGAAGAGCAAAGAGCUCGCUCAGCAGCUGAAGGAUAAGGCCAAAGAUGAAGAAGAACUUCAAAAACAGUUCAGCUCUGUUUGGAGUGUCUUGGCUACUGAAUUAACAGCUGAUAUAAAGCCUAUUGAAGAAAUCAACCUGGAAGAAGAUCAGUUUACUAUCCUUCAAGAACUUGGUUUUGAAAAGAAUUUCAUAAAUGAACGCAGACAAAAUGGGAGAUACAAGAAUAUAUCAAGGCUUGGAGAUUAUUCAGAUUAUGUAAAACCAACAAAACUUCUGGGAGUAAAUUGGGCAAAGAAUACAUUAUAUCAAAACGAACAACAGAUCAUAUCACUCAUUGAAAAAGCUGUAACUGAGUCAUUUGAUGCAAUAAAGCACAAACCUGUGGCUAAAAGAGGCUACAAACUAGCUUAUUUGCAAGAAGUAGUCAAACAGGUAAAACAAGAAGUGAAGAAUUUUCUGAAAGAGGUGAAUUGUGCUUUGAAGAAGGAGUUUACAGUUGAUCUCAUACUGUAUGUGUUCUCAGAAUCAGAGCGUUGGAUUCUAGACUCCCAGAAGAAAUUCAAAAUGAACAAUGAUAUAGUCGCUUAUUUAGAAAGCAAGGAAACACAGUAUUACAAUGUUUUUAGAAGCUUUUGCGAAGGAAGUUCAUCUGCUGUUGUGCUCGCAGAACUGAUCUGUGAAAAGCUGAAAGCGUCCACUGUUGAGGCUGUCUGUAACAAGACUGCCAUUGGUCUGGCUGGAAAGAUGAGGUGUAAUUUCCCAGCUUUCAAUGGGAACAGGCUGAACCUGGAGAAACAUGUGCUGAAGUCACUCGCUGAGAAUGAAGACUUUGAUGAUUUCAUCACCUACAUCAGAAAUCCACGGAGACAAAUGGAAGCUUUUAUAAAAUUACAAGUAAAUGAAUUCAUAGAUCACAGAGAUGACACUGUGAAUAUACUCAAGAAAAAUGUUGAAGACUUAAACACACUUGUGAGUCAAGCUUUAUUUACAGCAACACAGAAAGUCCAAACUCAGAGAGGGGACACAGACAUGUGGCUGAAUGAAUUUUCUAGUUUGCUAAAAGGUGAGUUAACAUUUGAGACCAUUUCUUCUCAAAAUUUUAGUGACAUAAAUGAUUUUGAGUUUCUGAAGGACCAGAUGAUAAAAAGACUUGAUUCCAUCAUUGAUCAGAUGAGGAGCCUCUCAUUGGAUAAACUAAAAGAAUCCAGGCUGAAACCUGAAGAAAUCCUCAUUGAUCAGCUGUGUAAGUGUUGCUGGGUAACGUGUCCAUUCUGUGCAGCUGUUUGUACUAACACCAUUGAAGAUCACAGUCCUGAUGACCACAGCGCCCUUUUUCAUCGACCUGAUGGAAUCAAAGGAUGGCACUACCGAGACACAGUGGAAUUCAGCAUCGAUUUCUGUACAACAAAUGUUGCAAGUGAUCGCAGUUUUCACCCUCGUUAUGAUUCAGAUAAAACCGUUCCCUAUAAACAGUACUCAAAGGCUGGUCCAGAGUAUGCUAACUGGAGAAUCACUCCUGAUGAGUCUAAGCUGGCGUACUGGAAGUGGUUUGUGUGUCGAUUUCAAAAUCAGCUGGAAGAGUACUACAAGUACAAAUUCCAGGGAAGAGGAGAGAUUCCCUGUGAGUGGAAAACAAUCUCUCAAGAUGAAGCCAUUAAAAGUCUGGAUGAAAUAUGUUAAAGAAUAAAAGAAAACAGGACCCUGCUGAAAAUGAUUAUACUUUUAUAGUUUUUACAUUAUAAGGCUUAUAAGGUAUUAUGAUUAAUGACUGAUAAAACAGAUUUUGUUCAUUUAUCUUUACAUGUGAAAAGUGAUUUCUUUUGACUGUGAAAUGAGGAAUGAGAAGGUGAUAAGAGGUCAAAAUAACAUAAUCCCAUUUCAUAUUGGCAAAGUUUCCUUCAUGUGUUUAAUUUGUUGAAAUGGCAGGUAAAGGUAGCUUGUCUUUGUGUAAUAACGGCCUAACAUUUGAGAAGAGAUAUUUUACUGUUAUUUUAUCACUGCAUUAGAAUCAUAUAAU